AUGAACUUGUGUUCCUCGGGCGCAACGGCAUCGACCACAUCGUUAUCGUCCACUGGGCAGGCGGAGAGGAGCGGCGGAGUUCCGGGCGGAGGAGCUGAAGGCGGCGGCGGAGGAGGAGGCGGAGGCAGCGGGAACGGCAUCGGCGGCGGCGGCGGCAAGGCCACUGAGGUAUCCACCGAGGCCCCAACACUCUGCUUUGCCGGCGGAUCGGGCACAGCAGGUGCCAUUUCCGGUACGGAGGAGCUGUCCAACGCCAACAGUCCGGCCAACGGGGCAGGCGGAGCAGGUGCAUCCACCGGCGGUGGCCAUCAGCCGACCGGCAGCAACGGCCAUAGCCAGCUACACAACGAAAACAACGCAAUCAUGCCGCCCGAAACGCGUCCCAAAAUGGUGACCGUGAAGCAUCCGGAGUCGAAUAAGCCCAAGCCCACCACCAAGAAGAGCAAGCCCAUCCAGGCGGACCAGGAUGUCAUCAAGGCGCUGCAGCGAUGUCGCGAUGAAGGCAUCAAGCGCUUGGACCUGAGUAAAUCCUCAAUCACUGUGAUUCCCAGCACGGUGAAGGACUGCGUGCACCUGACGGAACUCUACCUGUACAGCAACAAGAUCGGUCAGCUUCCGCCUGAGAUCGGCUGUCUGGUGAGCCUGCGGAACCUGGCGCUGAACGAGAACUCUCUGACCUCACUGCCGGAGUCCCUGCAGAACUGCAGCCAGUUGAAGGUGCUGGAUCUGCGGCACAACAAGCUGGCGGAGAUCCCGCCCGUGAUCUACCGGCUGCGCAGCCUAACAACACUCUACCUGCGCUUCAAUCGUAUCACCACCGUGGCGGAUGAUCUGCGCCAGCUGGUCAACCUGACAAUGUUAAGUCUGCGGGAGAACAAGAUCCGGGAGUUGGGCAGCGCCAUUGGAGCGCUGGUGAACCUCACCACGCUGGACGUGUCGCACAAUCACCUGGAGCACCUGCCCGAGGACAUUGGCAACUGCGUGAACCUCAGCGCCCUGGACCUGCAGCACAACGAACUGCUGGACAUACCCGAUAGCAUUGGUAACCUCAAGUCGCUGGUGCGUUUGGGCAUGAGGUACAAUCGAUUGAGUAGCGUACCAGCCACUUUGAAGAACUGCAAGAGCAUGGAUGAGUUCAACGUGGAGGGCAAUGGCAUCACACAGCUACCAGAUGGCAUGCUGGCCAGCUUGAGCGGACUGACUACCAUCACUCUGUCGAGGAAUCAGUUUACCAGCUAUCCCACAGGUGGACCAGCGCAGUUCACCAAUGUCUACAGCAUCAACCUGGAGCACAACCGGAUUGAUAAGAUUCCAUAUGGUAUUUUCUCGAGGGCCAAGGGUCUCACAAAGCUGAACAUGAAGGAGAAUAUGCUGACGGCUCUGCCACUGGAUAUUGGCACUUGGGUGAACAUGGUGGAGCUGAAUCUGGCUACGAAUGCGCUGCAGAAGCUGCCCGACGAUAUCAUGAACCUGCAGAACCUCGAGAUACUUAUCCUGUCCAACAAUAUGCUCAAGAAGAUACCGAAUACGAUUGGCAAUCUGCGGAGGUUGAGGAUACUCGACCUGGAGGAGAAUCGCAUCGAGGUGCUGCCCCACGAGAUUGGACUGCUGCACGAGCUGCAGCGAUUGAUCCUGCAGACCAACCAGAUCACCAUGCUGCCGCGCAGUAUCGGCCACCUAGGCAACCUGACUCACCUGUCUGUAAGCGAGAAUAACCUGCAGUUCCUGCCCGAGGAGAUUGGUUCGCUGGAGAGCCUGGAGAAUCUGUACAUCAACCAGAAUCCCGGUUUGGAGAAGCUGCCGUUUGAGCUGGCCUUGUGCCAAAACCUCAAGUAUCUGAACAUUGACAAGUGCCCGCUGAGCACGAUUCCCCCGGAGAUCCAGGCGGGUGGACCGUCGCUGGUGUUGCAGUGGCUUAAAAUGCACUCCCCAUACCGCCAGAUGUGAGAUGUGGACGGCGUUUGGCGCACCGUCUACGUGGGCAGCGACUGCUACUACCAGUAUGAGCUGCAGACGGUGAACCAGGCGCCCGGUGGAGGUGGAAAUGGUGGUGGUGCAGGUGGAGGAGCGGCAGCUGCAGGCGGAUCCACAUCCAGAAGCAGCGACCGUCGCUAACGGUGCGAUCUCAGCUAACGGGCGAGAUCCUGUCCCCAUCCCUAAUCCCAAUUUUUGGGGGAUAAAACCACGAUAGAUAGGUGAUUUCCGGUCGAUUUAAGACAGGUUUUGUAAACGUCGAAUGUGCUGGAUUAAGGUUCUAAUUAUUAUACUUAAAAAAAACUAAGUUAUUGACAAAGGCCACAUAAAUGUAAACUCAUCCUUGAAUAAUUUCUGAAACCAAUGCGGAUAUUUAUACAUUCUAUUGUGGUUCGAUCCCCUAACCCGACUGGAGUGCGUUGGCUGACAAAACGAUAGCUUUAACACGUUAUACCAAUGUCCCGCGUAUUUUAAACUGCCCCGAUUUGCUUUUCAUUCUGUGUUCAAGUCCAGUUCAGAGUCCGCACUUUAGGUUCUAAUUUAACUCAUGCUUCCAAGCUAGUCAAAAAUGUAACACGCGAAACGAAACGAAAGUGAAUUGAAAGCUUUAAACCUUCUGUUCGAUAUUUGGUCAUUGAGAAAGCAAAAUCUAACGUUCAAAACUACACAUAAAAUACGCAAGCGCCAAGGAAUUGUUUGAAAAAAAUUAAAACUAAAUAAAAAUGGUUAAGAAAUUAUUAAUCUGUAUACACAUAAAUCGUAGUUGUAUUUUGUAUAAGCAAGCGCAAAAAAUUUAAGCAACAAGUAUUAAACUGUGUGUAAUUUGUUGAAAUGAGAAAA